AUGCUCACCGCCUGCACUGGUGGAAAAUGGCCCUGGCAUGGAAGCCGGUCGCCCGGGAGAAAGCGUCUUUUUUUGAUCGUGUUUGUCGUCGUGACUGCUAUCGUAGCGCUGCACUAUGUGCUGGUUCCAGUUCUGCUACGUCUGGACGUGCAUCUCAGACCAACACUAUUCGACUCCGGGUUCUAUGGCCUGUAUCCCACACGUCAAUAUGUCAGCUUUGACCUCGACUCACCUGAUGUUGAAUUGGCUGUCUGGGACGACCGCUGUAGUGACGGGUACAUUUUUAUAGCGCCUCAUGGUUCACCCAUCGAGGGAUCUCGGCCUCUGAUUCUCGAUGCGCGCGGGAACCUGGUCUGGACAGUGCCCACCGACAAAGCAGCAACGGAUUUCAACGUGCAGGAGUACCUCGGAAGGCAAUAUCUCACGUAUUGGCAUGGGACGAGUAUGCAUGGCCACGGGCUGGGCUCGUACACGAUGCUGGACUCGUCCUAUGUUCAUCGCUUCGAGGUGACAGCAGUCGGUGAUUUUGAAGGCGAUAUACAUGACUUUCACAUCACGCAAAACGGCACUGCGGUCUUCGUUAUCUAUGAUCUCAAGCCGGCCAAUCUAGUGGAUUUUGGUGGCCCGCAGAAUGGCUUCAUCUACGAUGGAGUCUUCCAGGAAGUCGAUAUUACUUCCGGUGACUUGCUCUUUGAAUGGCAUCUCUCGCAUCACGUUCCAUUCAAUGCAUCAUACGUUGGUAUCAAGGGCAUGGGCAAGCACAGCACUACGCCGUGGGAUCCAUACCACAUUAACAGUGUCGACAAGGAUGCUGCGGGAAACUACCUCAUUUCCGCACGCCAUACGAACUCCGUCUACAGCGUUGACGGCAAAACCGGCGAGAUCCUGUGGAUAUUGGGUGGAGAAGGUAACGAAUUCACCGACGCAUCCGAUGGCCGGGCUACCGACUUUGCCUGGCAGCAUGACGCGCGCUGGUAUGAUGAGCGCACUAUCACUCUAUACGACAAUAGCGCCAAGGACUUCCUUGGGCCUAUUAGCGCGAGUCGAGGAAUGACGAUCGAUCUCGAUGUGCCGAACCGUGUCGCCACCGUUCGUGCAAUGUACUUUCACCCAGAUGGCCUGCGUGCUCACUCCCAGGGCAGCAUGCAAAUCUUACCGGACUCGGGUAAUGCAUUUAUCGGCUGGGGUCACUGUGCUGCAUACACCGAGUUUACACCAGACGGGGAGGUCCUGUGCGACACACACCUUUCUCCCUCGAUCUGGUUCCAACUUGGUAUCGUAUUUACGUACCGGACUUAUAAAAGUAGCUGGGUUGGAAAACCACUCACUAUCCCCGCGGCGGUCGUUGCCGGGGACUCGGUUUAUGUGAGUUGGAAUGGCGCCACUGAAAUCAGCUCCUGGCAAUUAAUGCUAUGGGAUGGCUUGGAUAUGAAGAAUAUGCACUUCAUACCGGCAAUCAAUGUGGAAAAGGUCGGCUUUGAGACUAAAGUUGAUUUACCAGAUGACAUCCCUAAUACGUAUUUUCUUCUUCUUGCGCUGGACAGCCAAGGCGCCGCCCUGGGAAAGACCACAGUACUCAACAAACAUCCCAAGCAGACCUUAGCUGAGAUGCUAGGGAAGGAUAUCAUCAAUCAGAUGUCGUACCACGUUCUCACGACAGUUAUCAUGAUCACCUGCUGUGUCGUAUUGGCUAUAUUUAGGAUAUGCAAGACAUUAGUGCUGAGCGGGGUUUGCUGCCGUUUUGGGCGGAAGCUCGUUUCAAUGAUGCUUGUUCCGAGUAAAGACGAGGUCAACACACCACUGAUGUCAAAUACUCACGAAGAUUGA